AUUUUGUGCCACAGUUAAUUAGCUAUAGGGAGACCUUGCUAGUCAACGUCCACUCGGUUGUAAGUUGUGACACCAGAAGCGAUGAAACGUUCGAUUGAAGAUGACUCUGAUGUGGACUCUUGCCUUAAGCGUGAUAGACAAGAAUGGCCAGCUGCAGAAGCUGCUAUGGCUGCAGCUAGGAGCUUCAUAGAAGAUGCCGCAAAGACAAAUGGAUCCGUUCUGCUCUGCCCGGACAAAGACGCUGAUGGGUUGUCUGCAGGCGUCAUCAUGUACCGAACACUUACACGACUUGGACUGGAUCCUUCACAAAUACAGGUUCACUUGCUGAGCAAAGGGACCUCGCUAUUCUCUGAAACUGAGCGCUCAUCUAUAUCUCAAAAGGCGCCUGGACAUAUUAUUGUACUUGACCAGGGCUCUUGUCGAGCGCCUGCGCUUCUACAUGGUGUCCCGACACUCAUCUUGGAUCACCAUUACUCUACAGCCUUUCCAGACGAUGCUGUGAUUUGUAGUGCGGCUCUUCAUGAACCCAUCGCCACAACGGCUCUGCUCACAUACGAAUUAUGCAGUGCUUAUUGGAGCGACGCAAUAGAUGGCAUUGGAUAUCUCGCUGUGAUUGGGACUGUCGGUGAUCUUGGUGCUAGCGUGAAGUGGACAGCACCAUUCCCGUCGCACCUCGGUCUGCUGGCCAAAGAACUCGGACGCAAAAACUUCACCGAUGCUGUCGGACUGAUUAACGCCCCUCGCCGCAGUUCAGCUUACAAUGUUUCUGAAGCCUGGUUAUCGCUCCUCACAACCGAAGCCCCGAGUCAAAUUCUGCACUUUUCCACCAAUGUGCACCUCGGAAGUCUUGUGACGGCUCGAGACGAAGUCGCCGACGAAGUUGACCGCGUAGGCCGCACAGCACCUCUUUGGUCGCAAGACAAGCGUACUGCUUGCUUUGUGAUCUCAUCUCCCUGCCAAGUUCAUCCUCUUGUGGCAACACGCUGGUGUUUUCUACAUUCGAAAGAUUUGGAAGUCGUCAUGUGUGCCAAUAAAGGCUAUAUGAAGGGCAAAGUCCAUUUUUCAUGUCGUAUUCCCAAACACCGGCGUAAAGAUGAUGGAACCGCGAACGCAGUCAAUCUGCAAGAAAUUCUGAAAGGUUAUGCCAAGCUGGAUGAUGAGUUGUGGAACAAACUCAGGAUAGGACAAGGCGGUAGCUUUGCCCAGGGACACCGCGAAGCAAGUGGCGGCGUAUUGGACCUUGCCACCUGGGAUAUGCUCUACGCGGCCAUGGGCAUCGGUCAAGCGACGCGAAGAAAGGUCAACCAACCGGUACCGGUGCAACGGAACACUUUGACAAAUUAUUUUGGCAAGCUCGAUGCGAAUACCACGGCAGAAGCAGUCACAUCGGACGUUCCUGGGGAAGAUCUCCGAGCGCCAUGA